AUGAGUUUUAGAAGUAGAAAAAGUGGUUUGCGCAGUGUUGGACACUGGUGGGUUAUGAUGAGUAGCAAUGAAGAUGUAAAUGCCAUGACUUGGGAGAGAUUUAAAGAGUUAUUCUGUAAUAAAUAUUUUACAGCUCCAGUUCGAGCUGUGAAGAUGAACAAAUUUAUACAGCUAAGACAAGGUGGGAUGACAGGGCUAAGACCAGAACUUUAUAGAGAUGUAAGCAUGGAUAGAAUUCAAGGUAUCUCAUAUUUUCAAAUUGCAGAGAAGGCAUUAGUUGCAGAACAAGGACAGAGUCAGAAGUCUAAGUUUCAGUCGAGACAAGGACAACAACAGUGGGAUCAGGGCAAACGUCCAAAAAUAGAUCAAGAAAAAGCCUCAACAGCCCAACUAGCUUGCCCUAAAUGUGGUGGACAACAUACUGGAGGAUGUCCUACAGAGACUAGGACAUAUUAUGUUUGUGAAAAGGUGGGACAUUUUGCUAGAGCAUGCCUAGGUAAUCCAAACCCCAUGGAGCAAAAGAAGGUACUAGUUAGGGUGUUUACUAUUACAAGAUUAGAUGUCGACACAAAUCCAUCCGUGGUAAUAGGUAAUUUCUCUAUCUUUGGCAUCCCAACACUUGUACUAUUUGAUUCUGGAGCUACACAUUCAUUUGUGUCCACUGAGUAUGUGAGGAGGUUGGGUAGGACACCUAAUGUACAAGAGAUCAAUUACAGUGUGAUUGUUCCAUCUGGAGAUGUACAACAAACCAAUUUGAUUUUAAGAGCCUGUGUGAUUCUUAUAGAAAAUCAAUAA